AUGGCAGACGAAGACGUCGAACUUGUGCUCGGACUGCUACCGCGCUCCUAUUUCUUUUCACAAGAACCGCUACCUCGAAACUAUGAAGAAGGAGUAGCAUAUAUCCAGCAGUUGGAACGGACGCGCGCCGAAGCCACCGCUACGCCACUCUCUUCCUUGUUACCUCGUGAAUUCACUCCCUCCGACGCCUGGACCGAAUCUGUAGCAGCAACUUCCACAACCAAAUAUCAUCGGGUAUCCCCCUUCCCCGACGUUCUACUCUCCGCAGCGCGGCCCCAAGACAUGGUCAUUACCGUCUCGAAGCCUAUCCGAGCGCAAGUGGACACCUUUACCCAGGUUUACUUGGGAACGUUACGUGUUGGCGCUGGAAAACCUCGUAGUGUAUGCCUCAAGAUAUACCAGCAAAGUCUAUGUCAAUUCCCGAAAGAAGACUGUUUCGAUGAGAAUGAUGACUGGUCAGAUAUAUGGCGCAGCGCGGCGCAAACUGCGGCUAUCGAAGCUUGGGCUUACCGUCAACUGAAGUCGUUCCAAGGAUCCCUGAUCCCUUACUCAUUCGGCUUCUACAAGAUACGCUUGCCAAAUGAUGAAAUAUCCAUCGUGCAUGUACUGGAGUACCUAGAUGCUAUACGGCUAUCCGAUUUGGACAGGGCCACUAUCGAACAGCGUGUUCGCUGUGAUAUAUUUGACGUCAUCGAUGACCUACUGUCAAAGCUGGAUCAAAUGCACGCAAUGGGUGUCGUACAUGGCGAUAUAAACUGGCAUAAUGUCAUGUUGAUGCGACAGAUCCCAGACGAUGAUCCAUCGUCUGCGCUAGUAGUGAUUGAUUUCAACCUCGCUCAACCUUCGGACGAAAGCAACAAGUUCCACGACGCCGUACACACUGUGGAGCUGUUCCGAAAGCUCAACGUGCCAAUGAAGGAUAUCGAAGAAUGGUAUAUGCGUUGCACCACAUCAACACCACGUCCACAGUGGCUUUCGAUGUUUUGUGCUCAUGGCGCCGACAACGCGUACUUCAAUGCAUGGCAGAUGAGAACGUAUUGGCUAGAAAUUUAG